CAUAAGGCUUUAUACUAAAAGAAACUCAAUUUCCUGGACAGGUGACAUUUAAGGUACACUUUUAUGUCGAAAUAUUAAAAAAAAUAUAUAUCAAAAUGAAGAUACAGGUAUCAGUAGGAAUAUCAACAUUAUUUCUCUUGGAGUAUUGUCAUUGUUUUGAGAAUCUCUGUAGAAGAAAUUCAACGACCGUAUUACAGAGUUCAACCUAUGGAAAUCAGCAGGAAACUUUGGCAAUAGACGGUGAUUUACAGACAAAAUAUCGUUAUUGUGCACAUACUGAUGUAAAUCAAACAGUCGCUUGGUUCCAGGUUGAUCUUGGAAAAUCUUACAGCAUAGGUAACGUCACACUGUAUUACAGGAAGGACGGACUAGGAAAUAACGAGUGGCAGCCCUAUAGGUUCAGACAGUUUUAUUUGGAUGUAUCAGAUCUUCCUGCAUCGCAGAAAACAACAGCACAUAGAACCCGCUGUUACACUGACAACACAACACAUCCUGAUGUACUUCCACAUAUAAUAGACAUCCCUUGUAAACACACAGCUCGAUACGUCAUUGUGGAGACCACUUAUGACGCUCCUGAAGAUGAUCCUACUUCGGGGGCUAUCCUAGAAAUCUGUGAAAUAGAGGUGUAUGGAUGCGAAACUGGGGAAUAUGGCGAUGAUUGUAAACCGUGCUCAGAAUGUAAGACUUGUGACGUAAACAACGGAAUUUGUGAUUGUUUUUCCAUGUGCAUUAAUCAAACCUGUGACGGCACCCGUGGACAUUGCACGUUUGGAUGCGAGACCGGAUACUGGGGUUCUACAUGUGCAUCAUUAUGCCCUGAUAAAUGUCAAGACCAGAAAUGUUUCCGAGAUAAUGGAUUGUGUGAAACUUGUGAGCCAGGUCAUUGGGGAAUUCAUUGUAACCAUACAUGCUCAUCAUUUUGUAACAAAAAUAUAUGCAAUCAAUCUAAUGGUGGGUGUUGUAAAGGCUGCAUCAUGGGAAGGUAUGGUGACACAUGCGACAAUGCGUGUAGUUCAGGGUGUGUACACGGGUCAUGUGACUCACAAAGUGCAUCAUGCUCUGAGGGAUGUCAUCAAAAUUGGAUGGGAACUCGAUGCGAUAGAUGUGAUUCCACACAUUAUGGUUUAAACUGCUCCAAGAGAUGCAGCUUUAACUGUACCAUUGGUUGUACCAAAGAUACCGGAGUCUGUUAUAGUUGUGUAGAAGGAAAGUUUGGAGAAUAUUGUGACAAAACGUGUGGCACUGGAUGUGUAUCUGGCUGUGAUCAAUACAGUGGACAGUGCGUGUGUAAACUUGGAUGGCAGAGUGACAGAUGUGAAGAUUGCAGUCCUCAUCAUUAUGGUGUGAAUUGUAAUAAAAAAUGCAGCUCAAAUUGUCUGUAUGGAACAUGCUAUAGAAACAACGGAACAUGCAAAGGUGGUUGCAAAUGCAGCGUUAUAGAAGAACUGAGUCUCCAGGUACAGCACUUACCAAAAUCAAACAUGGAAACCUUUCAAUAUGUGGUAAUCGGGAUUUUGGGUCUGAGCCUCCUUUUGAAUAUGUUUUUCAUUUUACGGAAAAUCAGAUGUAAAGUUUGUGAAAAUACAGCAGAGGAAGAUUCAACAAGUCUCCAGAUGAUAAGCAGAGUCUCAUGUAAUGAAACAUAUUACCUGAACCCUAUAGAACUUAUAAAUGAAGACCCGAAGGAAGAGUCAUGCAUUUGUGAGGAAGAAGUUGAUGGGUGCCCGGAACCGCAUUACGCACAUAUUCAGAAAACCUCUGAAAAAAAUACUGAUGGACAAACCUGUGAGAAAGAGUGUUAAUUCUGUAUUGGACAACAUUUUUUUUUUUUUACAUUAAAACUGUAUUUUAGGUUUAAGCUAAAUUUUUUGGUGGUUUAAGUCAUUUUUGUGUGUGUUUUCUAAUUGGUUAAUUUGUCACUAUUGUUUCGUUUCAAUUAUAUUUAUCCAUUUCACUUUUCCCGGUCACAAUUAACAAUAUGUUAUAUCAAUAAACAAUGACAUUCCUUUUCCUUACAAUUUGGAGAGGAAGAAAUUAUUGACACAAAUAAUCAGACUAAAGUUUCACCUAAACUCGUCACUGCACUAUAAAACAUUCAUAUAUACCUUACUCAAAUUAAGAAAAUACAAUUCAUGAAUUGUAUUUCCCUCUUCAUCUUUACUGUUUAAUCAAAUUCAAGGAUAUGUUUUUUUGGUCCUUUCAGAAUAAUUUGACUACAUAAUACACAUCUUUAAAAUGGAUUAUCGGAAAUAUAAUUUUCCUCCAAUUAACACUAUAAGAAUUGCCAACAUUCUGAAAUCCGAGACCGAAACAUAAAAUAUUUGUUUCCUUGAAAUACUGUUCACCAUUUAUUUUAUUAUCCAUAAAACUUUAAAAUCUUAUGUUUCAUAAAACACGAGCAUUUUAUUCUACUGGACUAAUAUUGAUAAUAAUAAAAAUUUCAUCGUUCAAUCUUUGGUUCUUACAUGUAGAUUUAAAAAAA